GCUCUACGACAAUAGAAACGGGGUGAACUGUCCUUUUGACCAACUUUGGGUUUCAUGUUUAAAUUUUUUUUAAUAUUUCUUACCAAAAAACAACUGGGAAUAAUGUUUUUCCAUUUAAUUAUUUUGUUAGUAUCCUUGAUGAGUUUUCUGCGGGAUCUCAAUGUAUUCAGUUGUGAUAACAACUGUGAAGAAAAACCUGUGUUCACUCCAUCCAGACUGGUAGUGAAGUAUGACGACCCAACCUCUGCCAACUGCUCUGUAUGUCGGCAUACUUGCCUCAACAGCUUAUUUGGUUUGGAAAAAUCUGUGGGAGAGAUAACAACAAACGGAACCACGAUUUCAUGGACGGUUGACAGAAUGACUGAAUGGGACACAUCUCCCAUCUGCUAUUAUAAUUAUGAUGGGCACCAGUGUUGUAGCUUCCUGAAUGUAACUCUCUAUCAGCUUCCACAUAAUGUGUCCAUCAGCUUUGUUAAUCACUCUGGGCCGAUGUUGGAGGGUCAUCAGUACACUCUGCAGUGUACAGUACAGGAUGUUGCUCCUGUUAAAGACCUCACUGUGACCUUCUACAAAGGACACACAGCACUGGGUCAACGGCAGUCUAACAACAACAAAGAGAAGAAACCAGUGACCAAGAGCUUCACUUUUAACAUCACACCCAGUAAAGAAGAUGAUGGAGUCCAGUACUGGUGUGAAGCCAAGCUAGAACUGGGACCUGAAGGACCACGGCACCCUCCAGUGGUGAUGUCGCAAAACGUCACCGCCACUGUCUACUGUGAGUCUGACAACAGUAUCAACACAAGUUGGCCCCCUGGGUUAUCAUGUUGGCCUGUUUUGCAGUGAUGGAAAAAGUAUUUUGAUCUGUUACUUAAAUCUGCUGUAAUCAAUAUUUUUACAUUAAUAAUGGAUUUCAUGAGUACUGGUAUGUUGAAAGGGUUCAGUUCCUCUCUUCUUAACAGACAUUUGUAGUAUCUUUCACCUCAUUGUUUCGGUUUUCCGGCCCCCUACUGUUUUUGUUGAGUCCUUCCAGCUGGGUGUUUUUUGCUGCAGCAGAUAACUCUAUUCAUAAAAAAGGCUCUAUGAACCCACUGUACUCUACCUGUCCAGCACUACACAGCAGACAGACAAAGUUAGUGACCAGCUGGUGAACACAGUGGAGAAAUUAGCAGCUAAAGACCCAAAUAUUUAUAUCGCUAUAGAUAUUUUUAAAAAUCUAAUAUGGCGCUGUGUAUAGCUGCCUCAGUGCGCUUUGUUUUGUUUUUGUUUGUAAACUCACUUUUCGGCUGAUUCCCUUUUCACCAGGGAAGACUUCAUGAACAUCAGGGGAACAACAUGGGCAAAUUUAUUUCCCCCUUUUCUCCUGUCAUCAGUGGAAUUAUUGGACAUUUUGAUUAAGGGCAUGAACGUCAAUAAACCGUCCAAAUGUU